AUGGCGCUCUCCUUGAAGGUUUCUCGUUCGGGGUUGAUUUUACAGAAUCAAAGGAUUUUAACGAGUUUUACAAGAAGCUGUAGCUCAAAGAAAACAGUUAAGCCUAAAGUAGUUGUACAUCCAGAGACAGAUGUAGCCAAAAUGAACCCCAGUACAGAUAUUGCAAAGGGGAGAGUGGCUGACAGAUUUCCUUUCAGGAUACAGCUGGAGGCUGGGAAAAAAUAUUCCUGGUGUACAUGUGGACAUAGCCAUUCACAGCCCUUUUGUGAUGGGAACCAUAAACGGAAAAGGGAUGAGAUGAAUAGCCCACAUCUGAAACCAUUACGAUUUAGUGUGGAGGAGACAAAAGAAUACUGGUUGUGUCGCUGUAAGCAGACAGACAAUCCACCAUUCUGUGAUGGUAGCCACAAAGAACCUAAAGUUGCUAAUAUUACGAGAAUUAACCCCACAACAUAGCACUUGUUUCCAAACUACAUCAGACCUUGUGUAUUGUGAGAGAUAUUCUGGAGUCAUGUUAUCAUGUGAUUUGCAUUAAAUAUUUUGAUUAAUGGAUUUUUCAGUGAAUUCUUUUCAUAUUUGCAUAUUCAUAUGACAGGUACAAUAAAUAUUUAUAUUCAAAGGGCUUAAUAUAUGUGGUUUUUCAAAAAAUUCUGAUUUAGGGAAUACCUGCUCUCAUGAAAAGAUAUAUCUCGAUAUACAGACUUAUAUUGAUUUAACUAGACAUGUCAGCAAGGGUCCAGCAAUGUGGCUGGAAAUUACGGAAACUUGGAGUAAUAAUAAUCUGGACCACUGACAUUAGGACCUGAAAAGCAAUCCAAAGCAAGCCAUUUUAAUAUUGAUGCAUUGUAUGAGGUUUGACUUUGAUUGACAAAAGCAAACUUGAGUUGAGAUUUUUCUGUUUAUAGUAAUAGUGACAUUGACCUUUGACCUUUGACCUUUAAAACUGUAAAGCAAUCCAUAGUAAACUCUUUCAGUAAGGAAGUACUUGCUGAAGUUUGUUUAGAUUGCCCAAAGCAAACUAGUUUUCACAUAGAAACUGAUUGUUUAUUUAUAGUAACAGAGACUUUGACCUUUGGCCUUUAAAACUGUAAAGCAAUCCAUAGUAAACUCUUUCAGUAAGGAAGUACUUGCUGAAGUUUUAGCUUGAUCAGCCCAAGGAAACUCAAGUUAUUGCAUGUAAACUAAAGUACUAAGGGACAGACAGAUGGACAGACACCAUGAUUACUAUAGGGCACCCACACUUUUGUGCAGGGUUUCGAUAACACCCCACUAUUUAUUAAAGUAGUACUAAGAGGAUUUCGAUGUCAUGAAUAUCAAUAUUCUGCUCUGAAUUUCUUUUCAUUAAUUACAUCCAGUCCAACAUAUUUUCUUUCUUGAGAUCCCAAUGAUGAUCUUCUUGUAAUAGUUUGAUACUGGUACAGGAUUUUCAAUGUGUUUUUAUCAUAUUUUAUGAAACAAGGUUAAGAAAUUUUUAUUUUUUACUUGCAAAGGUUCACAAAAAUUUUAAGUCAAAUUGUGGAGGACAAAAUUAAACAGAGGCAGCCAUUUUGAAGUUCCAUUGGCAAUUAGUGAUGCCACGUCAGCUAUACAAUCCAUAUACAAGUUAAUAUAGUAGAAAUAUAUGUAACACUUUAUUGGUCAAGUUACAAUGUAUCUGUUCAACAACAGUAUUUAAAACAAAUGGACAUUUUAUUAUUGUCAAAACUACAUUUAAAUGAGGAAUUCUCUGUCAAAUAUGAGAUCAUUUGGUCUAGUAUAGCUUCAAAAAAUAUGUUACAUGACUUUGACAAUAUUUGAAUGUCAUGUAAAUGCUACAUGACAAUUUCUGUAACGCCCUCAAAUAUCUAAUUAUUUUCCUCAAACAGUGGUUUGCUGAUUUAAGCUUUUAGGUUAAAGAAAUAGAAGGGAUGCUGAUGCUGGGCUGUUCAGUCCUACAUUUGAAUACAAUACCAACUUUUCUUUCAAAAAUAUGUAAAUGUAAAUAAAUAAAGUAAAAGUU